AUGAGAGGAGGCAAACGAGGUGGACGACGUCGCAGACCAGGAACUUCUCGGAGAGGUAGAAGAAGAGGUAAUCACCAUCCACAAUCCGACCAUUCCAAUGCUCCACUAUUGGAUGGAAAAAAUCCAAUUGAUCUGAACGUGGAGGAAGAUUAUUUGAUUGAAGGUGAAUCCGAUGAUGAAUCCAUGGGGGAUGAUUCUGCUUCGGAUACUUCUUCGGAUUCUUCUUUUGACCCAAAUGAAAGAAAGCUUUCUGCUUCUGGUACAACAACUCCAACAGCAAGUUCUUCUCGUUCAAAAUCUCAUAAAGGAGGGAAACAACAAUAUUAUGAACAACAUAAACACAGAUUUGAGAUGAAUAACGAGGUAUUGACUUGGGUGUUGGAUGACAUCAUGACACCCAUUGAAUUAGAUCCAAUUCCUGACAAAUUUAGAGAUGUUAAACACUAUUGUAAUAGCUUUUUAGACUACGUUUUUGAAGAAACAAGAGCUUGUAUUCAACAAUCCAUAGAAACGGAUAACCAUGGUGAAUUUGCAAAAUGUGCAGUCACAAAAUGGAAAAAGGGCAAAAAUCGUGGAGAUUCUGCCACUAUUUAUUUUGACAUUAUUCCAAGACCUCCGAAGGAUCCUAAUAUGACUCCGUACAUUCCAAUGUUUCAAAAACAUGAUUAUUGUAUUGUGACGACAGAACCAAAUUUGAAAGACUUAGAAAAACAAAAUCAUUUCUUUGUCAUUGUGGAAGAAGGAAAUCAGCAGAGUACCAACAAGUUCAAAUCGCAAUCUCAGCCAUGGAAUCGACGAGGAAGAAGAGGUGGAAGAAGAGGAGGAAGAGGUGGUAGACAAAAUUCAUUACCACGAGCUAAUACGUCAAAUAUUCAAACAAAAUUCAAAGCCAAGUUUGUAGCAACAAGUGUGACCAAACACAUGUUGAAUAUGGAAGCUACAUUCAAAAAAGGACGAAAACACAAGGGAGGACAUAGGCAGAGUGGCGGAGGCGGUAAACAAAAUUGGUUUGUUUUCCCAAUUUUUACAAUGGUCACAAAACAUAGAGAAUACGAGGCAUUGCAAAGAAUGACCAUUCCAAAUGACAUUUUCCAAGUGAUCAAAGGAGAUCGUGCCCAUGGCCACCAAAAAGCUCAACCAGUUGAGAACAUUGCUCCUCCAUUGAAAGAAUUUCUUGAGAAAGCCUAUAACACAUCUCAAUUCAAAGCUAUUCAGCAGGUACUGAACAGAGUUGAUCAGAAAGUGCAUUUAAUCCAUGGACCUCCAGGUUGUGGUAAGACAAGCGUCUUAUUAGGUUUGAUCAUGGCACUUCUUGCCAAUAAGAAGCGUAUUCUCAUUUGUUCCGGCACCAAUGUUGCUGUAGAUCAUAUCAUUAACAAGAUGACGCAAAACGGUUUACGAAAUAGCAAUGGAGAAAAAUAUCAGCUUUCUAUUAACAAGAUGGCGAGAAUUGGUAAUGAUGAAAAAAUCGACGAGCUCAGCAAAAAGAUCGACCCAGCUACUCGUUUCAAACAACUUCAAAGAAACGUCAAGGAUAUUAUUCAUUGUGUAGAGUUAAUUCGUAACGAACAAGGAGAAGUUAUGGAGAAAUCUAGGCAAUCUAAUACUGCUUUCAAUGCUAGAAAUUCCAUCAAAUCUAGGACAGAAAAAAUUAACAAGCUAAUUUCUAACACCGAUGACACCAUUAAUCGGCUCUUGACAACAAAACUUGUAAACCAAGAAAUGGUGAACACAGUUCUAGAAAAAUUUUCCAAAGUUAAGGAGCAUAUCAAAAGCUUUUUAGAUCUAGGAAAUUCAUCAGAGGCUAAAAAACAAGACUUGAAUAAUAAUGCAAAGGAUCUUUACGAUGAAAUUGAUGCCUUCUUUAAGGAGCUACAAGUUUACUUAACACUUGAUAACAGAGAUGUUGAAAAAAAAAUUUUAGAUAAUUGUGAUUUGGUAUUUGCAACUCUAGCUAUCACAGGAAGACACGUGAUGAGAAGUUGUAAAACAUUUGAUGUGCUAAUUAUUGAUGAAGCUGCUCAAGUCACAGAGUCUGAAUCUAUUAUUCCAUUAUGCUUAGUUACAGAGACACUUGUAUUAAUUGGAGAUCCUAAACAAUUACCUUCUACAGUAUUGUCGGAAGAAGCUGUUGAGAAGGAGUACAACAGAAGCAUGUUCGAAAGAUUAAUGAAAUUGUCACAUAACAAAGGAAUGUCCAUUCAAAAACCAGUGCUGUUAGACACACAAUAUCGUAUGCAUCCAGCAAUUUCUAAAUUCCCAGAGAACGUUUUCUAUCAUGGUAUUCUGAAAGAUGGUGAAAAUGUAAAACAAUAUCAUGCCCAUCCAGAUUGGAAACCUCUCUAUGAAAAUGGCCUUGAAUCAUGCCUAUUUAUGCAUUGUCCUAAAUCUGUCGAAUCAUUUAAUGCACAUAUCAAGAGUUAUCAAAAUGAAGAAGAAGCAAAUAUGGUUGUAAAAUUGAUUGACUUUUAUAUGACCACGCUUGGAAUAUCCAGAAGUAAGAUAGCAGUCAUUACAUUCUACCGAGCACAAGUUGAUCUUAUUCGGGAAAAGCUUUCUCAAUAUGAAAAGGAGCACCCUCAGGUUUCAAAAUCUCAAGUGACUAGUCAGAAGGAAGCUCAAACCUCAACAACAGCUCCUCAAAAUCAGCCAAGUCAAACAGAAAAUGCUGCAACAACAGAAGUAAACAAGGAGCCACAAGUAGGAACUAGCGACGAUGGCCUUGGAGAACCACUACCCGAAGAUUACGAAGAUAGUAGUGACGAAGAAGAGCCUUUGGAAGAGAUUGAAGAGUGGUUUGAUGUGAACACUGUUGAUUCCUACCAAGGGUCUGAAAAGCAAAUUGUCAUUUUGAGCACUGUUCGUGCCAAUGAUAGAAAUAGUUUGGGAUUCUGUGUGGAUCAAAGACGUCUCAAUGUGGCUAUCACCAGAGCUCAGUACUCUCUUGUCGUUGUUGGAAAUGGAGAGAAUUUAUGCAGCAAUGAUAUUUGGAGAAGUUUUAUUAGUAACACCAAAAUUGUAGAGCCAUCUGAUUACUUUAAGACUGAAACAGGAGAGUCCAUUGCAACUGACAAUUUAUUGGCAAGGAAUAUUCAACGAAACAGUCUCAAUCUUGUAGCAGCACUAUUGUCUAACAAAUCGCUGCUCAACAGCAUUGAGAAUAUGCAAGAUUUUGCAAAUAAGAUUAUUGAAAUGUGUCUCAAUCAUGACAACCAUGUACUAUUUGGACAAGCGAUCAAGCAAUUGAAAAUUAAUUUACACACUACUGGGUAUAGAAAUGGAAAUAAUCUCAUUCAUAGAUGUAUUCAUACAAAGAGCUAUGAUUGUUUGGCAGUAUUGCUUCAUCACGUUUCAUCUCAUUCCUUGUUACUUGACUUUGAUGAUCGUGGUCAACUUGCUAUUCAUUUAAUUGCCAUCGACUAUGGUAGAAAACAACAUGAAAAAGAGAAAUUGAAAGAAAUAUUUGAAGUAAUGGUUUCCGCCAUGACAAAGAUUGAACCAAGUGCUCAACAAAAGAAACAAUUGCAUUUGAUGAGAGUAGAUCCUCUAGUCGUUUUUGAAACACUUAACAGAAAUGGACAAUCUGUUGCCGAAAUUCUCAUUAAGAAAGGAUGUGAAGAUUUAUUGGAAAUUUUAGCAAAAUAUCAUGUAUUGAAUGAUACUGAUGAAAAUUUGAGAAAAUUGGCGAAAGGCGGAAAUUUGGAACGAUUUUUCAAAAACAACAACGCGACAUCACAAGUACCUCCUUCUUCAAACAGCACUCAACAACCAACAAAGGAGCGUCCAUCAUCCAGGCAACAUCAGCAACAACACCAUCUAUCAGCCACAAAUCAAACAAGAAAUCCUCAACAGAAAUCACAAGGCGUGACUACAAAUAAGGAUCAAAAUCUUCCACACAAAACAACAGCUGUUGCUUCAAAUUCACAACAAGAUCAACACAGAACCAACAAACAUCAGCAACAAAUUCCCACAAAAUCGUACACACCAAAACCUCAAGAGCAGAAACAGCAACAACAAACAACAUCAGAGACUCCAUCCAUUGAUUAUCAAAAGCAGUACGAACAAUUCAAGCAGUUGAUGCAAGCCAAGUUCACACCAACCGCAGCAGCAUCGUCGACAGGGUCAAGCACUGUGAAUUCUCAGCAAGAACCACAAAAUUCUAUUUCUUCAGAUACUACUACUACUAGAAAUGAUCGAGCUCGCAAUCAUGGCGGACAAAACAAACAACAAUUGUUUGUUAAGGUUGAAAAAUCACCUCAACAGAAUCAAGCGCCACCCCCAACCACACAAGAAAGUCAACAGGAUCAGUGA